UAUGGGGGGGCCCCCCUGGACCCCUUUGAGGUUUUCCCCUUCCACACCUGCAGCACCAUCGGCCGCCUCCUUUUCGGGGACCUGAUGCCCCCCGAGGGAGAGGUCCGGGCCUUCACCCGCUGCCUGGUGGAGCUGCUGGAGGUGUGGGGCAGCGCCAGCGUCCGGGCCCUUGACCUCUUGCCAGCGCUGCGGGGGAGCCCCACCCGGGGCCACAUGGCCCUGGUCGACCUCUUCAUCGGUGGCACCGAGACCACGGCCGCCGCCCUGGCCUGGGCCGGCGCCUUCCUGCUCCACCGCCCUGAGGUGCCACCCGCGGGUCACUGCCGCGUCCCCAUGCGGCUGGGUCCUGACGGGACCCCCCAGCCGGGGGACACCGGGCGCCUGCCCCUCCUCCACGCCACCGUCACCGAGACCCUGCGCCUCCGGCCACCCGCCCCCCUGGCCCUGCCCCACUGCGCCCGCCGCCACACCAGUGUCGGGGGCAUCCCGGUGCCGGCUGGCUCCAUCCUGGUCCCCAACCUCCUGGCUGCUCACCAGGACCCUGACACCUGGCACCACCCCGAGGCCUUCCUGCCUGAGAGGUUCCUGGUGCCGGGGGCUCCCUGGCGGGCGCUGGUGCCCUUUGGCUGUGGGGCCCGAUCCUGCCUGGGCGAGGGGCUGGCACGGGCUGAGCUCUUCGUCUUCCUGGGCCGGCUCCUGCAGGAAUUCCGGCUGGAGCCCCCCACGCCUGGGUCUCUGCCCCACCUGGGGGUGACCGCGGGCACUGUCCUGCGCUGCCCCCCUUUCCGCGUCCGCAUGGUGCCCUGCGCGCCCUCCGCCUGA